AUGGCUCAUCAUUCAGCCCAUACCUCCACAUGCGAUGAGGACCUCCCAGAAUCUAGCCCCACAUCACGGCUAUUCCACGUAUACAACAGACGACGCAAAAACGACUUCGCCAUUUUCACAGCUGACAAAACCCCAUUGGCCUACGUGCGAUGCUCCUCUUUCACCAUCGGCAAGCCUGACGUGACAUACCACGCGGGUGAAACAGACCAGGCACCCAUCGCCGCAGUAUGCAAAUUCAUCAAUUUCUCGCGACACUGCAAAGUAGGAUUCGGCGAUGCAAACGAUGCCAAUAUUGUUUGGGAGGACUUGAAGCGAUACAAAUUAACGACUCAUUAUCGGAUCGAAAUGACGUUGGGAGGCGCGAGAAAGGCCUUCGUGUGGAAGCGAACAAGUCAUACCCCGGUUGGAGAUGAUAUGCCGUCUAAGCUGAGCACAAAGAAUUUCAAGCUUGUUGAUGAGCAGACGGAGGAAUUGAUUGCAGUCUAUGUGAAUAAUGGGGUCAAAAGCUGGGAGAAAUGCGGCAAAUUUCAGAUUAAUGUCCAGUAUGGGACGGAGUUUGAUGUUAUGGUGCUGAUUACUGGAUUGUCCUUAUUGGAGAAAGAGAGACGUCGGGAGAGAAGGAAUAAUAGCUAG